CAAGAAACUACACGAGUUUCAGAUUUUCUGCCACGAGGAUCCGAAGAAGGCCCAGCUAGAGCCUUCUGGAUUUUUGUGCGAUGUCGAUAUGGAUGAAGCUUUUUUCCAUCUUUAGAAGACCACCUUGCUCGCUCGCCGCUUCAGGAACGGUUUCAUCUUUUUGCCGAUACUUAGUUGAGUAAAACUACUGUUUCAAAAGUAGAUGCACCACUAAUGAUGCUUUUCUCUUCUUCAAAACCACGUGCGAAGCAAAGGGGGACAAGCGUAGAUGGUCUGGAAGAUGUAAAAAACCACACCUUUCAUAAGGGAUAACCGAAUUUUUUACCGAGGUAUGCAUUGGAGCGGCACAAAAAACCCUGACCUGAAGAUGGAGGGCAUUAAGUGGAAAGACCCCAAGCAUCCAGGUGUUUUUGAUGACGCGGAGCUCGAGGAGGACGAUGAACUGGAUAUCGACUUCACUAGAACCUCUGACAGUGAUGAUUGGUCUUCUUCAUCGGACGGCGGUGGGAGUGACAAGGGGAAUUAAGGCUCAAUACAAUUCAUUUUGCCAGGUCACAUCUUCGUGCUUCCUCCUUAGGAUUCUGAAGAAAUGAAAGCGAAAAUUAGAAUUUUAUGAGCUCUAAGAGAAGAAAGACAAAAAAAAGAAGCCCAAAGACGACAGCUCGUCCGGGUCAUCUUCAUCAAACUCAGAGGAAACAAGCGACAAGAGGACGAGCAGCAGCGGUGGAGGUGACUCUGGCACGGCAACUGAUUCCAAGGAUGAUGCCAUCGAUGGCGGCGACGACGAGAGUGCAAGUGAUGGGGCAGAAUUAAGGCUUAUCCUUAUCCAUCUUCUGCGGCAUCCUGAAGAAGCUUUUAAGGGGAAAACGGACCGAGGAUGCGCCUCAAGAUGGAUAGGGGUGACCUCUAACAGAAGCAGCUAACGGCGCUGAGUCAGAGGAACUCUCAACGUCUGACGUCAGUGAAGCGCGAAGUGGUGUGGAG